AUGAAGCUACAUCCUAUGGAGCCUGAACCCAUCAAAGACGAUGUGCUGUCACAUCUACGAAGGUGCAAGGUCUUCCACUUUGCAGGGCACGGAUGCACUGAUACAGCUGAUCCUUCCAAAAGCCAGCUUUAUCUGAAGGACUGGGAAACAAAUCCCCUUACAGUCGCAAUCCUCCUCGAACUCAACCUACAUCAAGAGGGUCCGUUUCUUGCCUAUUUAUCUGCCUGCGGUACAGGUCAGAUCAAAAGCCAACGGUUGUUCGAUGAGGGCAUCCACCUUAUCAGCGCAUGUCAACUAGCAGGUUUCCGACAUGUCAUAGGGACAUUAUGGGAGGUGAAUGAUCAAUCUUGUGUUGACAUGGCUGCUAUCAUAUACGAGGAAAUGCUCAGGGGAGACAUGUCGGAUGAGUCGGUGUGUCGUGGUGUUCAUGUUGCUACGAAAGCGAAAAGAGACCAAUGGCUUGACGAUACCAAUGCAGCCAAUAAGACCUGUGAUUCGGUGCGGGAUCGCGAAAACGAGGUACACGGUAAGGAGGAUGAUGGAGGAAGGGAUAUCAUCUCUCUCGAGGAAGACGAUGAUCAAGGUCUUCCAGGUGUGGGGAAUGGUCCAUUACAUUGGGUUCCAUAUGUGCAUUUUGGUGCAUGA